UUGAGCGCUGUCGCACAACUACGGUAGACUAUAGGCUGUACUUUCCGACUUAUGCUGUUUGAGUGGGGCGGGCAGCGGUGGGUCUACACAAGGAUACUCAAAAAUAGCUUUCAAAGGCGAUUAGGUAUGACGGAUACUAACGGAGGGGCUCCGCGGGACUGUACGUAAAGAUGAGGAUUCCUCCAGUGUGGGCGCUGGGCGCUUGCCAGACUGGGUGAAGUGAUAGCUGAGAGGGAAACCUGCUGAGAAAAAACACCGCCUGGGACUGCUGAGGAGGACCUCUGUGCAGGUUCACACGGCCGUCGGCAGGGUGGAGCUUCCUGACCCAUGGAGAAUUAUUUCCAGGCCGAGGCCUUCAACCUGGACAAGGUGCUGGACGAGUUCGAGCAGAACGAAGAUGAGACGGACACUCCUAUUCUCUCGGAUGCCAAGUGGACCCAGAUCCUGGCCCCGCCAGCCCACCUGCUUUCUCUGAACCCCGCCCUGGCCCACGCAGACCUCAGCCCCCGGGAGAGUCCGCUGACCUUCAAGACUCUCCCUGAUUCCUCUUCUAGCGCAUCCCCGGGGGCAGAUCCUAAAAGACAUCCCGGUCCUGAACUUCCAUCCUGGGUAGAGGAGAGGCCGGCAGACGUCCAUAGCCCACCACUCCCCCAGCCCAACAUCGGCAAACUGGUGGGAACCGACGACCUCUCGCCGCCCCCUGUGACGGCAUGUAGUGCUGUGGAGAAUGGUUGCCAUGCAAGCCCACAAAAUGAUGGGCUUAGCAAAGAGAUAAGUUCUCCUCCAGACAACCAGCCUGGUGCUUCUGACCAGGCGGUUAAACCUCAUCAGGAGGAGAGUGCUGCCUCAGCAGGAGGAGGAGCCUCCACUGUCAGUCACACUCACUUCACCUUUGAGCUCGGAUUAGGAGAGGAAGAAGAUCCAUCUGAGAAGAUUCAUAAAAAUGUGGAACCAGCAACACAAAUUGGGGAAGGUGUCAAAGAGGAGGCUGGUACGGCUGUUUUACAGGACUAUGGCCAAGAGAGACAAACUGCAAAUUCUGACAAGGAGCAGGGAGACAGUGUCCUGAAUGGGGGGAGAGAUAUUCAUGCUGGUUGUGAGGCAGAGGAGAAUGGUAUAUCUCCUCCUGACAGAGUGGACAAGGAGAGGAGAUGUAGUCCAGAGGGACAGGUAGACCAACUCCUCAGAAUAACAAGCCUUCCUAAUGGUUUGGAGCAGGAGAGGAGUCAUUCCAAGUUGAAAGACACAGAAGAGAGAGAGGAGGAAGAGGAGGAGGGUUUUUCUCCCUCUCCUGUCCCUUCCAAAGAGGACUCUGUGACUGAGGAGAAAGAAAUGGAGGAGAGCAAGCUGGAGAGCGGCGAGGGAGGAGCAGUGGGGUCUGGUAGCAUCCAACCAAAAUUCAAUAACAACCGGCUGCAGCCGGUCAGUGUUCCCUACGGAGGGGCACGACCGAAGCAGCCGGUCAGCCUCAAACUCCAGAUUCCUCAGCCGCUGUCGGGCCAGGUCCAAAACCAGCUUGGCCCGUCCACUGUCAGCAAGAACAAGAACCUUGAGAACCAGUGUUGGAGAGGCACACUGUCUGAAGCAACACAAAGUGGGACAGAUCAGACUGCAGUAGGGGUGAACGGAGAUGGUGUUGUCCAUUCUCCUUCCCUGAUGCCUUCGGAGAGCCCAGACAAUGACCUCCAGGCAGGCCAACAGGGCGCUCUGUGCAAGAAACCUGCCAGCUCGCUGGGCGAGGUUGCCCCUGUGUGGGUGCCUGACUCCCAGGCUCCCGUCUGUAUGAAAUGUGAUGUCAAGUUCACCUUCACCAAGAGGAGGCACCACUGCAGGGCCUGCGGCAAGGUGUUCUGCGCGACAUGCUGCAGUCUGAAGUGCAGGCUCACAUACAUGGACAAGAAGGAGGCCCGCGUCUGUGUCACGUGUCAUUCUGCUCUGACAAGUGCUCAAUCAUGGGAGACACCGGCCACAGGAAGCAACCAGAGUCCGAACCCUAACAACCCAGCAGAGUACUGCUCCACCAUCCCCCCUCUCCAACAGGCUCAGGCCUCUGGGGUACUCAGCUCCCCUCCUCCCACCGUCAUGGUCCCUGUGGGAGUCCUGAAACAGCCUGGCAACGAGGGGUCCCUGUCACGUGAGCAGAGGAGGGUAUGGUUUGCUGAUGGGGUCCUACCUAACGGAGACACAGCAGAGUCCCCCAAACCUCCAACUCCCAGCCCAGCUCCCUCCCAGUCACUGGCCAUCUCCUCGUGUUCAAACAAAUCCUCCACUUCUGAGUCCUCAGAGGCAGCCCAUACCCCCGUUGCCCCGGUGGGCAGCCCCGUGGGCAGCUCCCUCAGCCUGAUUCCGGAGGACGGGCUCCCUCCCAUCCUCAUCUCCACCGGAGUCAAAGGAGGUACGGGAGGCCACAUCACAGACUACGCAGUGGAGGAGAGGCCUUCGGAGAUCGUCCUAAUGCAGCAGCUGGAGGAGGGAGGCCCAGACCCCCUGGUCUUUGUGCUCAACGCUAACCUGCUCGCCAUGGUCAAGCUUGUGAAUUAUGUAAACCGGAAGUGCUGGUAUGUGACGACUAAAGGCAUGCAUGCCGUCGGCCAGGCAGAGGUGGUCAUUCUGCUCCAGUGUCUCCCUGAUGAGAAGACCAUCCCUAAAGACAUCUUCACCCACUUCGUGCAGCUCUACCAGGAGGCCCUCAGUGGCAACGUGUUGAGCCACCUGAGUCACUCCUUCUUCACGCAGAGCUUCCUGGGCAGUAAGGAGCAUGGAGGCUUCCUCUACAUCAGCCCCUCCUUUCAGUCACUGCAGGACCUGCUGCUACCAAACCCGCCUUACCUCUUUGGCAUCCUGAUACAGAAGUGGGAGACGCCCUGGGCCAAGGUCUUCCCCAUCCGCCUCAUGCUGCGGCUGGGCGCGGAGUAUCGAUUUUAUCCGUGUCCGCUGUUCAGUGUUCGCUUCAGAAAACCACUCUUUGGAGAGACCGGUCACACGAUCAUGAACCUGCUCGCAGACUUCCGUAACUACCAGUACACGCUGCCGGUGGUGAAAGGGCUGGUUGUUGACAUGGAGGUGAGGAAGACGAGCAUCAAGAUCCCCAGUAAUCGUUACAAUGAGCUGAUGAAGGCCAUGAACAAGUCCAACGAACACGUGCUGGCCAUGGGGGCAUGUUUCAACGACCGGGCCGACUCCCACCUGGUGUGUGUCCAGAACGAUGACGGGAACUAUCAGACGCAGGCCAUCAGCAUCCAUCACCAGCCGCGCAAAGUUACUGGAGCCUGCUUCUUUGUGUUCAGUGGUGCUUUGAAAGCCUCGUCGGGCUUCUUAGCCAAGACCAGCAUCGUGGAAGAUGGUGUGAUGAUCCAGAUCACAGCUGAGACCAUGGACUCUCUACGACAAGCCCUGAGGGACAUGAAGGACUUCACCAUCACGUGCGGUAAAGCCGACCAGGAGGAGAACCAGGAGCUCAUCCACAUCCAGUGGACGGAGGACGACCACAACUUCAACAAGGGUGUGAUCAGUCCGAUCGACGGAAAGUCUAUGGAGUCCAUCACCAGCGUCAAGAUCUUCCACGGCUCCGAGUUCAAAGCCAACGGCAAAGUCAUCCGCUGGACAGAGGUCUUCUUCCUCCAGAGUGAAGACCAACCCAACGGUCUGAGCGACCCGGCUGACCACAGCCGGCUGACGGAGAACGUGGCGAGAGCGUUCUGCAUGGCGCUGUGUCCGCACCUGAAGCUGCUGAAGGAGGACGGCAUGGCCAAACUGGGACUGAGGGUCACGCUGGACUCUGACCAGGUGGGUUACCUGGCAGGAAGUAACGGUCAGCCGCUCCUGCCUCAGUACCUGAGCGACCUGGACAGCGCUCUGAUCCCCGUCAUCCACAGUGGGGCGUGUCAGCUGAGCGAGGGCCCCGUGGUGAUGGAGCUGGUCUUCUACAUCCUGGAGAUCAUCUCCUAGGAGCCGGACACAUCCCGACAACCUGGAGCUCCCACCUCCAAACAUCUUCUUUUUUUUCUCUUCUUUUUCUUCUUUAACCUUCUGUCAUCAUCUCACAGCCUGGUCCUCCAUCCCUCCGUCAUCUCCCUUCAACCGUUUGCACUUCAAAAGAGCCAGAAAACUGUGCCGUGCCAGGUGGGGUAGCAUUCCUCAAAAGUCAAACCUAUGCAUCCAACCACCGUCGUUUGUGCUCUGGAGGUCGCCUGGGGCCCGAGGAAGCUCAGAGCAGGGUCAUCUGUCACGUGGCAUCUUUCACCUCACCUGUCAGGUGCUUCGAUCACACUGGGUCGGUCCUUUUACCCACACUGCACUGAUCUAUUAGAUUAGCCAGGAGCCUGUUGGCCAUUAUGUUAAUGCCACAAACAUCAGUCAUGUGAGUUGAUUGUCGUCCUUUAAGCCGCUUAUUGGCAGAGACAGACCGUGAUGAACUGUGAGAUACUCUUAGCUCUGGGUUGUAAUAAUCAAGCGUUUGAGACCAGAGCUUUAACAAGUAGCCCUGCCAUUGGUGAUUUUAAAUGAAUUAUUAAAUUAACAAAACUGAAGCUGCAACUAACGAUUAUUUUCAUCAUCAGUCAAUCUGUUUAUUUUCUAGAUUUACUUAAAAAAACAUCAGAGAAAUGUCCACAAUUUUACUAGAGCUCAGUGGCAUCAUUAAAUGUUUGUGUCUGACCAACAGUCCAAAAGCCAGAUACUCAGUUUACUGUAAAAACACAUCUGAGAACAUGGAACAUCAACUUUUGCUUGAAACUAACUUAAACGAUGAAUCAAUUAUCAAAAUAUUUGGCUAUUUUAAUCGACCUGUUAUCGACUAAGCUCUAAAUGAAACCAUGGUGCGUGAAUGCAAGUCAUAACUUGAUGCUGAAUGGCAGGGAAACGUAUUGAUCUGUGUGAUCAAUAGAAUUUUCCUUUAUUACUACAGAAACUGCUGGUUGUGAUAAAAUAAUAAUUACUUUUUUCAAAAGCUGCAGUUCCCCUGUCGCUGUGAGGUUACAAGGACGUUGGUUUUUGUUGAAAAAGCAACAAAGAGGCACCCAAAUCUAUUCAUGGCAUUAUUUUUGAAGGCAGUGUUACUUUACUGCAUUUUGUACGAAUGAAGUUGAUAAACUAAACAGAAAACACCUAAAUCAAAUCAGUAUUUGCUGUGACACGGCUGCAUGUGUGGGUAUUCGGACGCACCCACUGUCCGACUCCAGCGGUGGUGUUGCGUAGCUCCGCGGCCUCUUAAAUCACCCGUCAGUCCAACGUCACUGUGGCAGCCAGCGGUCCUGAAGCACUGAACUCAAAGGCCUCUGUGUAGCACGGCUGCUCUUUCAAGGGAGACUCAUAUCCACCGCUGAAAAGUUUGGAAGUUUUCUCUGAAGUCACGUUAACAAGGAAAACUUGAAAUCAUCGAACGAGGAGGGAGAAGGUUUCUCUGUGUGGUGAUUACGUUUUGUUUUUUGUGUUUUGUUUUUUCUUUUUGCACCGUGGUGCUCAGUGCCUGCAGCAGCAACUCAUCAAGGGAAAAAAAAAAAACAAAACAUCUCUGCUUCAUCUCUUAAGCUUUACUCAUCAAUCACCAGAUGCUUUACUUCAUGGACGCAUUGACUUGUACAUAUUUUUGUAGGCAGAACAAUUUCUCCUCCAUUAUAUUAUAUAGCAUCUGUAGCCUCCAGAGAUCCCACUGACAGACAGUAUUAUUGAAGUGACCGUCACAGACUCCUGCUGUGAAAUAAGAUCACUUGUUACUCUGAAGUCAGAAAGAUGCUCUUUUGUCCUUAGGUAGACAGCUGAUCAAAAGGUUCCAAUGCUUUAUUGAUAAACUCAAACAAUCUGUAAAUACAGCUGAAAAAGCAGAAGAGGGAAAACUUUUUAAUCUCAUCAAUCAACUUCAGAAUCAUCAGCGCGCAGUGUUUCGUCCAGCAGUGGUUAGAAAAACCUCUCAAGUUAUUUUGGCGUCUUUUUAAUCAUACAAAGAGAAUAACUGUUGAAGAUGUAAAGAUAUAUAUAAAUAUAUAUAUAAACUGCAGAAGCAGUGCACUGGAUUCUAAGCCAUUUACAGGAGGGAUAAAGCGAGCGUCGGGGUUGCUGCCACUGUGUUGUGGAAGACUAAAGUUUUUCCAAUUGAAACGUUCAGUGUCUAAAGAUCCAGGGUUCCUGCAAGAUCGACUUGAAGCUGAAUGUAUUUCAUCUCACAUUUUCUACAACUGAUCAUCCUUCCAAAAACCUGAAAUCAUCACCAUCCUGCUCCAGACUUUGCAGACCUGUGUAGGAAACCCUGUAGAUCACCGAUGUGUUGUCUUCAAAGGCCUCAACUGUUUGUGUAUCUAUAAACAGAUCAGGCUGUUGGAGGUCUACCUGCAGCCCCCCCCCCCCCGCUCUGUACUGUGCUGUGCUCUCCCUCAGCAAUGUGGACCUGGAAAAAAAAAAUCUUAAGAAUGUAUUCCUCCCUGUUUCUGUUCAAAUCUGCAAAAUGUGUUUUUGUUUCCGACCAGACUAAUCACCAAAAACCCCACCGUGUCAAGUGGACAUGCUCUGAACAGUAUUCAUUCUGCAUCUUUAAUCAUGCUCAUGUAAAACCAGAAGGGGCUACGCAAAAAGUACUGCCAGUGCAGUACCAGAGGUUUUUGUUGAAGCAUUUUAUUGGAGCAAAUCUCGUCAUCACAACUGAGAAUCAGACAAUCACAUGAAAAUCUGCAGAAGAGCCGACGCUUCCAGUUUCAAUUAGACCUGUAGGUAUUCUGUAUUAAUUUAUUACUCAAUUUGAAGUAUUUUAGGAGCUACUGUAGCAAAGUAAUUCUAGUAAAGCUGAUUAAAAUGUUGAGGUCAAAAGUCACCAGUUCUGGGUUAAUUUACUGUGAUCAUACCAGAGCUGGUGUCGCUGAAUCACUGUGUCUUCACUGUGUGACGUUCAGCAGUUCCGUUUUUAUAAAAAUUAGCAUAAAUGAAGAGGAGACUUCAAGGAUUUAUUUUCUCAGACUCCCUGUUUUAUGUUAAUUGUUAUUUCUGGCAUUAUCUGACGUGUGCAAUAUGUCCUAAAUCCAAAAAAAGGUGCAAUUUGUCUGACUGAAAGUAGCAUUUAUUUUUUGUCUUCAGUUGUAAGAUGUUACUAUCCAAACCUAUAACACUGCAUGCAAACAGAAACGAGCUUGAAAACAGUGAAGAGAGCAAAUCAACUUUGCAUUUUAACAGUUGUAUCCUCUAGUUUGUGGAUGAAACGUAGAAAACAACCCACUCUUUCAGUUUUCAUUGUCUGGGUUUUGUUAAAAUAUUAUUAUUAUUUUUUUAAACAAACAUUGGUCAAAAAUGUUUGAAAAGCCAAAAACCCUGUACAUGUUUUUCUUUCUUUACACUACAAAUGUCAAGAAAAGUGGUCUUUAUGAAAUAAAAAAACUGUAGUAUAUGUAAAAUAAAAACUUAUAGAAAAUUGAAA